CACGUUAUCCCAAGAAAAGAAGACUGAAGGUUUGCUGCUGAGAUAAGUAUGAAGGGGCUGCAUAAACUGACAGCAUCAGGGCUGGCACUGUUCCUGGCAGCAUCCUUUGUUGUGUUCUCCUGGAGUGCCCCUCAGGCUCAUUUCCAAAGGAGAAACUGGACUCCUCAGGCCAUGCUCUAUUUGAAGGGUGCACAGGGACGUCGGUUCAUCCCAGAGGAGAGCCAGAGGAAGGAUCUGUAUGACAGGAUGCAGCUUGAAACACGAAGCCAAAACACAAAUCCUUUAUCUCUUUCUGAAGCUGCUGCACUGUUCCUUAGUUCCUUACAGAAAGCAAAAGAAGUUGAAGAAGAAAACAGUGAUCAUCCUGGCUACUUGACAGACAAUCUAUCAAACUGGUGAAAUAUUUCAAAUUUCUUUACAUUUGUAUUGCAUCGACCCUGAAAGCAUAACUUGUGUAAGCAGUGUGUUUCAUCCAUUCUCACUUAAGUUCACAAAGGGUGACAUAUAUUUGCAUUGCAAAAUUCUGAAUGCAAAGGGAUUAAAAGGUACAAGUUGAGAUAAGGGAAAGCAUUUGUAAAGUUCCUGCUUUCCUUAGGUCUUUUUCUAUGUCGCACUCAAAAUUUAAAAUACACGAAAAUACACGGAGAAAUGGUUAAAACUGUCUUUUUGGACAACUACUUCACUAAAAACAGUUUUUCAGUUGUUAUUAGGAAAUCUUUUGUCACCUUCCACCCAGCUGUAUAUUGAAGCUUUGUUAACUUUCAUAAGGACAGAUUCUUUUACCACUUCACUGCUGGCCCUGUAAGCUGCUAGUGGUCAAUAAAUUAAGUGAGACAUUAAAAAAAAUCCAGCUAUUUUUUGCUGCAGGUAUC